AUGACAACGCCAGGAAAUGUGAGCGGAGAGUACUGGACGGAUGGAACGCCAGUGGACUUUACGGCCUGGUCGACACCGCCAUCUGAGAGGAAUUUUACCGAUAGCUGUGGCGUUACCUAUCCAAGCAGUAACGAUGUUUGGAAGUAUGUGUCAUGUGAUCAAGCAACAAUCAAAGCUGUGGCCUGUCGAAUUCCUCUCUACGUAUGCGAGUGA